AUGAUCUUUGAAAAUUACAGGAGAGACGAAUUGCUCUUUUUUGGACAGAAUCCAACAGUUUCAGGGUAUGUUUGGGUGCUGCACUCCAAAUAUGGGAACAGUAUUCCAGGACAGGUCGGUGGACUAUUACCUUCAGUAAAAUUAUUUUUUUUUUAUCCAGGCGAGGUGUUGUUCGCGGUGGGGGGCUGGUGCAGCGGCGACGCGAUCGCCUCCGUCGAAAAGUUCGACCCGCAGACGAUGGAGUGGAAGAUGGUGGCGCCGAUGAGCAAGCGAAGGUAUGACCCUCAGACUGAUCAGUGGUCAUGUGAUGUAGCCCCCACAACUUCGUGUAGGACUAGUGUAGGAGUUGCAGUCUUAGACAAUUUACUGUAUGCAGUGGGCGGUCAAGAUGGAGUCCAAUGCUUGAAUCACGUUGAAAGAUACGAUCCCAAAGAGAACAAAUGGAUGAAGGUGGCGCCGAUGACGACGAGACGCCUCGGCGUUGCCGUCGCCGUUUUGGGCGACUACCUCUACGCCAUUGGCGGCUCCGACGGCCAAUCGCCGCUCAACACGGUCGAACGCUACGACCCGAGGCACAACAAGUGGACGCUUGUCAGUCCGAUGUCGACGAGGCGGAAGCACCUCGGCUGCGCCGUGUUCAACAAUCUGAUUUACGCAGUCGGUCUGGCGGUGGUGAACGGCCAGCUGUACGCCGUCGGCGGCUUCGACGGCACCGCCUACCUCAAGACCAUCGAGUUCUACGACACGGAGCAGAACCAGUGGCGGCUGUGCGGCUCGAUGAACUACCGCCGAUUGGGGGGCGGCGUCGGCGUGAUGCGCGCCCCCCAAACGGAGAACCGGGGCUGGUAG